UAUACCGACACUGGUUAGACCAGUGGGUACAUUGAAGCUCUUUCAUAAGGAACGCUCUGAAGAUGGCGAGAGGUGUCAAACGGUCGAGAGCGCAGGUUGAGAGCGCCGAGGAGCCUACGCUUGCCAAAAGCAAGAAGCGCUCUCAUACACUGAAUCAUGCGCUUACAGACGAUGCUGGAGACCCAGUGUCAGGCAAAAGCGCCGGUGUUGUUAACCCGCAGAAGGCAAAGAAGGUGAGAGGAAGGCGGGGCCAGCUCGCUUUCAUCCUCCAGGCACCGACGGAAAUCGUCUUACAAAUAAUGUCCCAUCUUUGGCCGCUUGAUAUCCUCAACCUUUCGUAUGCAGACAAGGAGCUCCGGUCCAUGCUGACCGCACCGAACAACAAGUUCAUAUGGGAAGCGGCAAGGGCUAACGUCCCUGGACUCCCGGAAUUACCGCCGGACUUUACAGAGUGGGGAUAUGCGAGGUUACUUUGGUUCAACGAGUGUGAUAUGUGUGGUUCUCGCUUGACUCGGAAGCCAGAAUUUGCUCUCCUACGCAUUCGUCUGUGCCCGAAGUGUUCGAAGAAGCAUGUGAUAAACGGCUUUCAUCUCCACUGGCCGCGCGACAUAAUUAAACCGUUCGGGGACCACACAGCCCUCCUCCCGAAUUUCGUAGGAGACUUCUUCGAACCCGCUCUAAAGCGACUGGCACGACGCGUACAGAAGAUCAAAGGUACACCGCGAUGGGAGGUAUGGGAGAAGCAGCGGAGAACGUUCAUCGAGAAGGUUCAAGAACAUGGCAAAGCGUUGUCUGAAUGGAUAGUUGAGACGAACCUAGCUGCGAAGGAAAAGUCGAUUCAGAUGCAGAUGAGGCGAAGAGAGGCUAUUUCAGAAAGAUUGAUAGGAUUAGGACAUUCACCAGAGGAUGUGGCUUCGAUACUCAUGCAAAAACAACGUCUUAUCUGUUCGUCGGAAGAGGUCACGGAAAAAAAUUGGCCUCGAAUACAAAAGAUUCUGGAGGGAGUGCUCCGAAACAUCAAGGAGGAACGCAUAAAAGCCACUCGCGAAGAUGAAAUUCGAGACAGUCUGAAGAGGGUCUACUGUGAAUAUUGGGCAAGCCUACCUCCUGGAAAAGACAAACACACCAUGCCGCCGGUCCUGGACUUUCUGGAUCUUCCUUCCUCCCUUCGAUUGCUGUACAGGCAUGAUGCAUCUGGAGUGGACAUGAAAGCCAGUUUCAGUAACUCAAUCGCUCAAAUUGAGCAGGAUAUCGAGCUCUUCCGGAGCGUGUUGCGACGUGAUCUCUUUUUGAUGUACGAUACCUACGAGCGCCAGCAAUCCUUCGCCGCUUGGGCAAAGGACGACACCAAUAAGAACGAUUUCACCCGAUAUCGAUUUCUGCGACGUGCCACCACGGUCUUCGUUUUCUCACAAGGCCGGGUUGGCACACCAGUACACUACGACUCUCUUUUCUCUCAUGCAUUCGAACCGGACCACACGCGAGGCCAAACUCCGAACUUGCUUGCUAAGUGGGAUGACCUGAAGCAAAUGUUGAGGGUAGAUACCCACGCAAUCGAGAUCAUGGAGCGUAUCGUCAAGCGCGCGAAGCUCAAUCCUGCUACGACAACGAUUGAUGAUUUGGAGAGUCUAGGAGCGGGUUUUUCGCGUCCGAAUAUCGACAAGCACGAUCACCCAAUUACGUGGCGUGAACUGGUAUGCCCUUCUGCUAUUGACGUUAUCAGAGCUGAUCUGUUGCUCGCAAAGUACCAUGAGCUCAUGACGUUGCAAUGCUCUUGGGUGAUAUCAGCCGACCCUUGA